UUUGCUUUCUGCAAGAACUUUGAAAGAAAAGAAGUUACUCAUUGAAAUCUGUGUUUUGCAAAUCUAAAACCUUUCACAACAAAUUAAAACUCCCUUUCUUUCACCUUUACCAAUGGCUAGCUCAAAAUCAUCGUUUCUCACAUUCAAUCAUCUAACAAUAUACCUCAUUCUGUUGCUACUAUCACAAUCCCCACAAAUUCACUCAACAUGUCGCAAUUUCUGUAACAACAUUCCCAUAAACUACCCGUUCAGCAUCGACGAUGGCUGCGGCGCCCCGCAGUAUCGUCACAUGCUGAAUUGCUCCGCUACUGAUUUAUUCUUCCUAACACCGUCAGGAAAUUACAAAGUCCAAUCAAUCGACUACGAAAAGCAAACCAUGACGAUAUUCGAUCCUUCAAUGUCUACUUGUUCAAUCCUACAACCUCACCACGACUUCAAAAUGUCAGAAAUUCAAUCAGCUAUAAUCCCGCCUACGCCUGACACGGUCUUCGUCCUCGUCAAUUGCUCCAUUGAUUCGCCGGUACUUAACCAUUACAAGUCGCUCUGUUUUAAUUUCUCCGGUCAUUCGUGUGACGAACUCUACGGUUCGUGCACUUCGUUUAAGUUGUUUCAUUUGCUGUCCAACAGUACGCCGGCGUGUUGUUUCACGAGUUAUGAAACGGUGAAGUAUAUGAGUAUGGAUAUAUUGGAUUGCACGCAUUAUACGAGUGUUUAUAAUACGGAUAGAUUGGAAGGUGUUGGUCCGUUGGAUUGGCUUUAUGGGAUGAAAUUGUCAUUUAGCGUGCCGGACACUGGAUGUGGCCGGUGUGCUAAAUCUGGUGGGACUUGUGGAUUUGAUGUAGAGACUGAGAUGGCGCAGUGCAUUUGUUCAAUCACUAGUAAUUCUACUAGAGAUUGUGCUGGGGGCAGAGAAAUAAGCUUUGCCGAUAGUUACAGAGCUUCCUCAUUUCCGCCACUGCAGUUUCUAUACAUUUUGGCUCUCGUGGCCAUUUCUUACAUUAUCCUAUUGAGAAGAUGAAUCUUCUAUUAAGUUUUAUUGAUUUUUCUUCUCUUUUGUAAUUCAUCUUUCUAAACUAGUUAUUACUAAUUCAUGUUCCUUAAA